AUGGCAGGAAUAGAUAUUGAUAUUGAAGGUAACAGUAAUUCAAAUCCAAAUAAUAAUAAUAAUAAUAAUAAUAAUAAUAAUUAUAAUGAAAUUAACAAUUCAUCAAAUGACUCAAUGAAUAAUUCAAUGUAUUUAACUAAAAAAAGUUCAAUCGAUUCAAAACAAGUUGGAAAAUUCAGUUUAAUAGCUCCAGAAGAUGUUGUUGCCCAUGAUGUAUUUUAUUCAAUUAUGAUUUUCGUUUUGGGAUUCAUAUUCUACUUUCCAUUCUUUUUCUCAAGUUUCUACGUGUUCAAUACUCAAUCUGGAACUAUAAAGAAGAUUGGUUUCGCUUCAAUAUGUCUCUUCUCUUUGUAUACCGUCUUAAUUGCAAUUUUAUAUUGGUCAAUCAAAUAUAAUAACUAUUAUUAG